AUGAUUAAGCAGAUCCUUGGCAGGCUGCCGAGGAAGCCGGGGAAGGCUGGGGAUAGCCGGGAAGCUGCUGCUGCGGGGAAUGGAACUGAUCCGUCGAAUUCCUACAGUGUAGCGAGGAGCGUGGACCCAGGGAACAAGAGGGCUGGAAAUGGAGAUUAUCCAGUUCCAUCUGGUGUAACUCCUAACCCAGUGAUGAAUGGGGCUGUGGUGUAUCACUCCAAUGAGCCGUUACCGGCAUUCAAGGACGUGCCGGCGUCCGAGAAGCAGAAUUUGUUUGUCAAGAAGGUGAACCUAUGCUGCGCUGUGUAUGACUUCGCGGAUCCAACAAAGAACCUCAAGGAGAAGGAGGUGAAGCGCCAGACACUUAUGGAGCUUGUUGAUUACGUCACUUCUGCGAAUGGCAAGUUCUCAGAGGUUGUCAUGCUGGAGAUCACAAAGAUGGUGUCGAUUAAUUUGUUCCGGAGCUCCAGCCCCACCCCUCGUGAGAACAAGGCCAUUGAAGGGGUUGAUCUGGAGGAGGACGAGCCUCUCAUGGAUCCUGCAUGGUCUCACCUGCAGAUCGUGUAUGAGGUUUUCUUGAGAUUUGUAGCGUCACAGGAGACAGAUGCGAAGCUGGCCAAGAGAUAUAUUGAUCAUUCCUUCAUUCUUAGGCUGCUAGACCUUUUUGACUCGGAGGACCCCAGGGAAAGGGACUAUCUAAAGACGAUACUUCAUCGAAUAUAUGGUAAAUUCAUGGUUCAUCGACCAUUCAUCAGGAAAGCAAUUAACAACAUAUUCUACAGGUUUAUAUUCGAAACAGAGAAACAUAAUGGCGUUGCAGAGUUGUUGGAGAUCCUGGGCAGUAUUAUCAAUGGGUUUGCCCUUCCGCUUAAGGAAGAGCACAAAUUGUUCCUUGUUCGUGCAUUGAUCCCUCUUCACAAGCCAAAAUGUGUAUCUAUGUACCAUCAGCAGCUAUCCUAUUGCAUCACACAGUUUGUUGAGAAGGACUGCAAACUUGCUGACACAGUUAUUAGGGGCUUACUUAAAUAUUGGCCUGUGACAAACAGUUCAAAGGAGGUGAUGUUCUUGGGUGAGUUAGAAGAGGUUUUAGAGGCAACACAGCUUGCAGAGUUCCAAAGAUGCAUGGUUCCACUCUUCCGUCAGAUUGCCCGUAGCAUGAACAGCUCUCAUUUCCAGGUGGCAGAGCGGGCUCUGUUUCUCUGGAACAAUGACCAUAUUGAAAACCUAAUUAAGCAAAACUACAAGGUGCUAUUACCUAUCAUCUAUCCUGCACUCGAGAGAAACUCCAGAGAUCACUGGAACCAAGCUGUCCGUAGCCUGACGUUGAACGUACGCAAGAUCUUCUCUGAUCAUGAUUCUGCAUUUUUUGGGGAGUGCGUUCAGAGGUUCAAUGAUGAGGAGCUCAAGCAGGAGGAAUCUGAUUCAAAGCGAGAAGCCCUAUGGAAGCGCUUGGAGGAAAUGGCCACGUCAAAACCUGGCAAAAACAAUCCCUUAGGUGCACCCAAUGGCAAACCCAGUCAAGCUGCUGGCUAG